GAUAUCAACUUUGUUAGAUCCAAGGUUUAAGACGAAUUUCUUCAUGAACCAACUGCAAAAAGAAAGAGUCCAGCAGUACAUUCUGCUUGAAGAUUUAGUUUCAGACUAUGAUACCAGCAGCGAUGAAAGCGUGCAUUCUUCUCCUGUGCAAUCUAAACGUAAAAGAACCGAUGAGCCUGGACAAAGCAUUCACACAUCUUUCUGGGAGUGCUAUGAUGAAGUAGUUGCUGAGAACUUUACCGAUGAUGACAACGGAGUCGGAAUAGCUUCUACUUCAAAGAACAUCAUAGCAGGUGACCUUGAUAAGUACUUGAGCAUGAAAACUUUAAAGAGAAACGACGAUCCAUUUGCCUGGUGGGCUACACAUAAAUCUAAAUUUUCCCAAUGUUUAGUCAAACUGGCUGCUAAGUACUUAUCAGUUCCUGCAAGCAGUGUGUAUUCAGAGAGGUUUUUUAGUGAAGCAGGAAAUGUAUACGAAGAAAAGAGGAACAGACUUUUUCCCAAAAAUGUGGAAAAGUUGAUUUUUCUGCACCAUAACCUAGCACUUAUUGACUUCAGUUAUAAUAAAUAAUUUUGUACAAUGAAACAAAAAACUUAAUUUAAUUUUCAAGUUUAUAAUAAAGGAUAAUUUCAUAAAAUUACAGAUCAUUAAUUAUUAUUUUUUCACAUUUUAUG